UCAUGUUUCUUCUUGAAGCUCGAGACGACCGUCUCGAAGCUCUUUGAAAGGACGACUCGAACGUGCAGCGGCCUUGUUACCUGAAGCAACGUCUUGAGUGUUGCUCAAAUACCUAGCCAUGCUGGAGUUCAUGGACUACGUGCAGCAUGCAUUCUACAAUGCAUCUCAUUGGAACUUCGAGAACUCCUAUUCUCAAUUGACAGCUACCGCGAGAGCUCUACUCGAGUUCGAAACUCCUCGUGGACUGUGUCUGAAUGUUUCCUCUCUAUCAUCACCGAACUUCGCGACUUCAUACGCGAUUGGUAGCGUCGGCCUUGUUGACGGCUCACUCUCCUACCUCUACACCUCUCUACCACUACAUACCACUUCGAAAAGUGGUGAUAUUGACUUGCAUAAAGUUAUACGAGGGUAUAGACAGAUCCAGGAGCUUCGAAAACCGGACGAAUCAUGGAUGUGGGAGCAGUGGCAAGGUGGAAGACGAGUCGAUAAACGCGAUACCCUCCUCUAUGGACGACUGUAUUUGCCUCAAAGUACGCUGGAGGCGCUAUACCUUCGCCGGAUGAGCCCUACACAGCAACUGAAACUAUCGGCCGUAAGUGAUAGCCGGUUACGAAACGGUGGCACGAUUCUUGCUUUGCAUCAAUACGAUGUAGGAAAAUACAGUGCCGAGACUCUAUACUCUACGGAUGGUGGCCUCAUCGGAGUUCGGGGUUUGUACAAUUUCGGACCCGACCCAAGAAAAGAGGUCACGGAGGCGCCGAGAACAGAAGACAAAUUCUAUGGGCGCUUUAGUGCAGGAGCCGAGAUGUACUAUGGUUCGUUGAACAAGUCAGGUGGCGUCAGUUUUGGUGGCCGAUUCGCGACCUUACCUGCACAUAAAGGGGUACCUCUAACAGCAACACUUACCCUAAAUCCGCUCAUGGGUAAUCUGAGCACAACAUAUGCAGUCAGAGCCGGGAAGAAUUUAGCGCUGUGCUCAAAGUUCGAUUUCAAUGUGUACAGUUAUGAGAGCGAUGUUAUGCUUGGGUGUGAAUUAUGGAGAAUGAAGGCCAGGGUCCCAAAGAAGAAAGAAAGAAGCAUGGCUGCCAAACUAGAAUGGAGACUCGAUCCGGAAGAGAAAAAUCCUGUCCCAGAGCCAGAGAUUGUUGCUGGUGUAUUGAAGGCAAGGGUGGACCAGAAUUGGAAGAUUGGACUUUUAUGGGAAGGCAGGAUCAAAGAAUUGCUUUUCACAUUGGGGUCAUCAAUCGACAUGAAGCGAAAGGACCAGCCUUUCAGAGCAAUCGGACUGGAGCUGCAGUACUCGUCAUAACCCUAUAACCGAAAUAUUGGAAUUCCUACCAACAUUCUCUCGAGGAGGCGAGACCGAGCUGCGCAGGCUUCGACAGCGAUAUAGAUUGGCAAUACCAAAGGACAGCUCCCAGCCUACGGAUGUCUCUCCAGUCUGCGUCGUCAUAUUUGAUGCCCGUACUUUCGACAGUAUUCAGCCUGGCCGGCUAUGAUCAACUGGGGACACAUUACGCCCUAUCAAGACGCUAUCCAAAGACCACAAGACCAGAACCAGCUUUCAUCCUCCUCGUCUGGAUCGCUUCACAACGCGUGGCUUAUUCUCCGACUGUAAACAUAGAUGCUCAUAUGGAAGUGCUAUACAGCUUCGCUCGGCU